GACAUUUUGACAGCUGGGGGAAGAUUGCAAGUUUUCUUCCCAACAAAAAACACAGCAGGGAAGGAUUCCGAAACGAAAGAAGUGACUCGAGAGGCACCGUAAAUUCGGUUUUUCGUCCCGAAAAUGGCAUCUCUGAUCCUGGUCAAUGGGGUGCAGCUGGCAAAACAACAAACCGGGCUGCUCGGUAUCGUGUGCCUGAAGGCGAACUACAGCAGCGAUGCACCACGUAAGCUGAAGACGACCAGCCUGGCGGCGAUGAAGCGCGGCACGGGCGGCCGCUCGAGCUUCAACGGCAUCGUCGCGACCGUGUUCGGCAGCACCGGGUUCCUCGGGCGCUACGUGUGCAACAAGCUGGGCAAAAUUGGCAGUCAGGUCAUCAUCCCUUACCGGGCGGAUCACUACGAGGCGAUGCGGCUGAAGCUGGUCGGCGAUCUCGGCCAGGUGCUGUUCCAUCCGUACGAUCUGCGCGACGAGGAAGCGAUCUACAAGGCGGUGAAGUACUCGAACGUCGUCAUCAAUCUGGUCGGGCGCGACUGGGAGACGAAGAACUUCACGUUCAAGGAUGUGCAUGUGGACGGCGCCCGUCGGUUGGCCAGGAUUGCGCGCGAAGCCGGCGUGGAGAAGUUUGUGCACGUGUCGAGCCUGAACGCGACGCCGAACCCGCAGCCGUUCUUCACCAAGGAGGGCAGCAAGUUCCUGGCGAGCAAGUACUACGGCGAGCUGGCGGUGCGGGAGGAGUUCCCCGAUGCGAUCGUGUUCCGCCCGUCGGACAUCUACGGGCAGGAGGAUCGGUUCCUGCGCUACUACGCGCACAUCUGGCGCCGGCAGUUCCGCGCGAUGCCGCUGUGGUACAAGGGUGAGCGCACGAUCAAGCAGCCGGUGUACUGUUCCGAUCUGGCGCAGGGUAUCGUGAACGCGAUCAAGGACUCGGACAGCCAGGGCCAGACGUACCAGGCGGUGGGGCCGCGCCGGUACAAGCUGUCCGCGCUGGUCGACUGGUUCCACCAGGUAAUGCGCAAGGACGAGAAGUGGUGGGGAUACUAUCGGUACGAUCUGCGCUACGAUCCGACCUUCCGCAUGAAGGUGCUGCUGACCGAGCUGGUGUCCCCGUCGUUCCCGAUCGGCGACGUGCACACGGAGCGGGUCGAGCGGGAGUACGUGAGCGAUGAGGUGGAGAAGGGCGUACCGACGCUGGAAGAUUUGGGCGUUAAUCUGACGUACAUGGAGGAUCAGGUUCCGUGGGAACUGAGACCGUACCGUGCCGCCCUGUACUACGACGCUGAGCUGGAUGAGUUCGAAAAGCCAACGCCACCACAGUACAUCCAGUAGUAAGAGAAAGCCUUUGCUUCCUCUCUCUCUCCCUCCUUCUCGUCCCGGCGUUGUCCGGAAAAACGAACGAUCCGAGCGCGUUUGUGCUUAGUUGUAGAGCGAGCGAACUUGUGCGCGAGUUGUGGUGCGAAUUGAAGACCUUCGCCUUACCACAAGUGUAAAAAAAAUCGUUAAAAAAACUAAUUCAAAAAUAAAGUAACAAAAAAAUAUAUCGCCCGAUAAAAUUAAAAA